AUGAAGGACGAUGACUUGGAAAUAACAACAUGCGAUGCGGGUAACGGUUCAUCUCCUCACCGGCCUGAGCAACAGAACGACCAUGAUUGUUUUCAGUACCUAGAGAGGACCGAGGAUCCCACAAGUUGGCCUCAUUGGCGGAAGUGGUCAAUAGUGAGCUGCGUCGCUGUGAUGUACAUGUUGGCUAACUUCGGGACUGUCAUCAUCGUUCCAGCUGUACCACUAAUCCUGUCGCAUUUUCAAGUCUCCGGGAAUCUUUAUCAGCCCUUGAUCGUCUCCAUCUGGGAGCUGGGCGAAGGUGUAGGAUCAUUUGUAGUCGGGCCGUUGUCAGAGCUGUACGGGCGGAACGUCGUCUACCAUGGUGGUAACAUCCUCUUUAUCCUUCGCUCUGUUGCGGCCGCACUGAGUCAGAAUGCGUCCAUGCUGGUGGCCUUCCGUUUCAUUAAUGGUAUGGCCGUCACCUCCCUUACCCUUGCUCCGAGCAUUAUUGGAGACCUAUUUGUCCAGGAGGAGAGAGGCGCCGCAAUGGCGGUGGCCAUCGCUCUUCCUCUAAUCGGGCCCUGCGUGGCCCCGAUUGUUGGUGGGUUCGUCAACAGCGCCCUUGGCUGGCGAUGGACCAUCUGGAUUAUGGCGAUAACUGUCGGCAGUGUAUCGCUAUUGUCACUAGCGGUAUUCAAGGAAACCUACCGGUUCAAAAUCCAGCAACAAUCGCGAAAGUCGACAGAAAAGAAACAAGAUCGUGGUGAUGGGAAUCACAAUAUUCCAUCGUCAAGCAGCCACCCUUCUGCACCCCGUGACACAGUCCUGAAAUCUAUUAUCCGCCCGGCGCUGAUACUUUUCUCUUCCCCGGUGGUGCUAGUCACGUCCCUUUACACGGCGCUGACGUACGGGAUCUCCUACCUGAUUCUGACGACUCUGGCGGAGAUCAUGCAGAAAACGUAUGGUUUCGGCGAGGGCCCAGUCGGCAUCACCUUCCUCGGCCGAGCAAUCGGCAACAUAGUCGGACUCUGCGUGUACGGUCUGGUUUCCGACCGCUACGUGAAACACCGGCGCGCGAUGAAAGGCGAGUCGAAGCCGGAACAUCGCCUCCCGCUGAUGAUUUUUGGCACGGCUAUGCUGCCCAUCGGCCUGUUACUGUAUGGCUGGUCAGCUAACAAACACGUCCACUGGAUCGUGCCCCUCAUCGGCACCGGCAUCAUCGGGUUUAGUAUGCUUCUCACCAAGCUGCCCACGGAAAACUACCUCGUCGACGCGUUCGACGAGCAGGGCGUCUCUGCCUCCGCCCUGUCGGCGAAUGCCACCUUGUGUGCGCUCUUCGGGGCUUUCUUUCCCCUCGCUGGCCCGUUGUCGAAUCACUCACUCGGCUUGGGCUGGGGGAACUCCCUCCUUGCGUUCCUGUCGUUGAUCUUUUGCCGCUGUUUACUUUGCUGUGGUUACAUGGGGAGGAGUUCAGGAAGUUGGGGUGGGGAUAUCACCGAAGGACCACUACUACUGCGAACCUUACAGAAGGUUAAUCAAAUAGAGGGAUAA